AUGACCGACGCCAGCGAUGUAGCGAUAGGGGCUGUGGUGGAGCAGGACGGAAGGCCUUUAGCCUUCUUCAGCCAGUCCCUGACCCCUACCCAGAAAGUCUGGCCGGUGUAUGAGCGGGAAGCCUAUGCUAUCUUCAAGGCAUUGGAACGGUUCAGACCGUUGCUCUGGGGUUACCAUUUGGAGUUGGUCGUCUUUUCGGAUCACAAGCCUCUGGAAUGGAUACAGACGGCUACGACGGCGAAAGUGCAACGCUGGCUCAUUAGUAUGUCCCAGUUUAAGUUUAAGGUAUUUUACAAGAAGGGUAAGCACAACGUCGUAGCUGAUGCCUUGUCCCGGAUUACUACAUCCGACGACAAAGUGGCAGAGCCAGAUCUUGGAGCACUCCAGCGUGAGCUGCAAGGUACACCUGCCCUGGUGACAGAUAAGUUGUUGACUGACGACAGGGAGGCCGACGUGAUGGAGAAGGACAAUUUUGCCCCUGCUUGUGUUCUCACCCUCUGUGAGCAAUGGUCAACAGCUGAUUUGGUACGUGAGCAAGAGUUGGAUCCUGUUCUUCGGGUGGUGAGAGAUAGGGUCCGGAGAGGAGAGCCCUUAGCGAAGGAUGAGCUCAAGGAUCUAGAGUAUCGGCCCUAUCGGAGAGUUUGGCUAACCUUACGGGUUCAUGACUCUGGUCUGUUGGUGCGAAGAGUACAGAUAAAUGAAGAGGCUACUUCGAGGUAUGUUCCAGUAGUCCCCGAAGGUCUCCGACGGCAAGCACUAGAUCGGUUUCAUGAGGAGGCGGGACACUUUCGACGAGAGCACAUGGUGGCAAGGUUGAGACGUACAGCUUACUGGCCAGGUAUGAGUAAGGAUAUUAGUGAGUUCUUGUUGCACUGUGAAGGCUGUGCACCCCAUAAGAAUGUCUUGCUACCCCACUUGCCCUAUGUCCCGUAUCCGGUUGGUUCGCCUUGGCAUACAGUAGCUAUCGAUUUCCUUACGGUGGCCCCCAGCAGAAGCGGUGUAUCCAAACUAUUGGUAGUGGUGGACCACUUCACGAGGUGGGCCGAAGCUGUCCCCGUGGCAGGUGAGAGCGCUGCGGAGGCACUGAAGGCCCUACUGUAUCUCUUUUCGAUCCAUGGUCCCCCGGUUAGGAUACUCUCAGACCAGGGAAGUGCGUUCGAGGCGCAGCUGUUCAAGGACGUAUUGGCUCAGCUAGGUAUAGCUAAGUCUCGUACUUCGGUCUAUCAUCCCAAUGCAAAUGGUCAUGUGGAGAGGUUUAACAGCACCAUUCUCAAUUUAUUGAGGACUCAUGUGACGAGGGUGGAUACCUGGCAGGAUCACUUACGGUCAGUGUUGUGGGCCUACAACACUACACCUCAUAGUGUGACUGGGUAUGCCCCGUUUUUCCUAAUGUAUGGGCGGGAGCCGCCUACGUUAUUUUUCCCAGCUUUGGAACCAUAUGUUGAUUACGUGUUUGAUCCACAAGGUUAUCAGCGCCAUUUGUCUCGUAUUCGGGCUUGUAUCGAGGACAACGUCGACGAGUGGGUUACUGCUCAUGGUGCUGGGUUCCAAGCGCUGAAAGAGAGGGAGAAGAUUGCUGCUGCACGUCGACAUUUUGUGGGACAACGUGUAAGGCUGAGGAUACACCAUCCUAACAAUUUGCCAGGUCGGAAGUUAUUACCGAAAUGGCAGUUGAAUUGGUAUAUUGCUAAGUUCGUCCCGGGAACACACUUGAAGACGGUGGUCCUUCGACACUACCCCUCCAAGGAAGAGAAGGUUAUCUCUACUGACUAUAUAGUUCCCGAUCCGGUACAGCCUGCCGAUGUCCCGGUAGAGCUUGGCAUUGUUAGGUUGGAUCCUCCUGUAGAAGAGGGGCCGCGUAUAGAGCAGUUUCCAUUUCGUGAUGAGUUGGUUCGCUCGGCUGCUUCUAGACGGUCUGCUAGAUCUUCGGUUGUCCCGGACGUCGAAGCUCCUGCUAAUCUUCGGUUGGUCGACAUUCCCUAUGUGUAUGAUGGUGAUGAUCUUGACCCUCUAGCAGAAAGACGAGAUGAUCUGCUUCCGAGACUGGAGGCGCCAUCGUCUGGUUCUGCACAGGUCAGUGUGCCGAGACUGGAAACCCCUAUUCCAGUUCCUGUACAAUUAGGGUCUGCCGUUCUCCGGUCUCCGGCCACGAGUGGGCCGGUCCCCCAGGAUACUGGUAGGUCUGGUCCUACUGUGGUACCUGCUGGUUCGGAGCCCUCUGGUGGUUCUCCCUCGUUGGGACUGGAUUCUGCUUCGCAGGAAUGUGGUGCCUCUAGAAGGUCACUGCCUUUCUCGGCUUCCACUCCCACCCAUGUAGUGUCGGCCCCUGCAGCCGACUUCGAGCAGUUGUUAGGUCAUUCUGGGCCUUCCUCAAGGCAAACGUUAAGUGCCCCUUCUGCGUUGAUCCCAGCUCAGCGUCAGCAACUGCUCUCUGUUUCGCCAACCUUGGUCGACUCUGGCGAGACAUCGUCUUCAAGUCUGGGUUCUGGAUUGGUCUCGGACGCCCCGGUCUCUACAGACCCCUCUAGGAAUACGUCUCAGCUAGUUUCGUCGAGCUCGAUUACAACAUCUUCUGGUACCGAUGAGACGUUACCGUUGACUCGAGGUCCAGAUCCAGCACCUGCCCCUGAGGUACAAGUAGAGGAAGCGACUGUUGAGUCCUCUACUGAUCUCGUAAUUCCUGACGAGAUCCCUACUACCCCUGCUUUGGAAACCUCCCCGGCCGCGACAGACACUCCGGUAGUCUCUGCUCGUAGUGGUGGUUCGACUUCGUCUGUUCGCACUUACGCUGAUGUGCUGGCUUCUAGUCCAGAGCAGGUAGAAGAUUCUGUAGCGCCUCGUCGCAGCAUGCGUACUCCGAGGCCACCCACGCGUUUCUCCCCCGAGCGUUAUACGUCCCGUGGUGGUUACGCUGAGUAG